UAUUUUUCUCGCGCUUUUAACCAUUGACUUAGUUUGUUUCCGACUACACAUAGACUCGCUUUCAAUCAUUCAUUCAUCAGUUGAGUUUUGUGUGCGAAACAACCAACCAUAAAAUAUGGUUCAUCAGCUCAAGUGUCUGUUCAUAUUGAUAUCAUUCGUGCAAUUAGUGCACAAUAAUUCCACGGAGCCGUCAAGUGAGGAGAGUAAGAAAAUUGUAGUGCGCGUCAUGGAUCAUGUCCAGAGUAAAGCAGAUUUUCAGUGCGAUCUGACCUUAUUACCCCAGCAGAAGAAACUGAUGUAUUUUGCCGCACGAAGUGGUGCUAGUGCGGACGUAUCCUAUGACCUAUAUCGAUGGCCGAAGAACAAAGAGGGCUAUGUCGUCGUACCGUACACGAUACCGAAGAGUUCGAAAUAUUCUUUCGAUCAAUUGAGAUUGAUACGGAGCUCGAUGGAUGCCAUCGAGUUAGUUUCGUGCAUUCGAUUCAAGCCAAGAAAGUUUGCAAAGGAUUAUGUGCAAAUCUAUUCGGGGAAGUACUGUAAGUCUCAUCUCGGUCGAACUGGAGGCGCUCAGCCGUUAUCACUAAAUUGGCGACUUUGUUUCGAAAAGGGAAUCAUUAUCCACGAGCUUCUGCAUGCAUUGGGUUACAUUCAUAUGCACAACCGGCCAGACAGAGACAAAUACGUCAAGAUAAUGUGGAAGAACAUAGCUCCGCAGUGGUUCAGCGAAUUUGACAAAGUGAAUCCAUCGAAUUUCAACCAUUUGGGCACCCCAUACGAUUAUCAGUCGAUAAUGCAUUACGGUUCCACAGCGUUCACGAAAAAUGGCAAAAUUACGAUUCUGACCAGAAAUGGCGAACAUAUUGGACAGAGAUUCGGUUUGAGCCAAGGCGAUAUUAGACGCAUUAACAACAAGUACAAUUGCAAAGUAGGUGGCUCUCAUCACAAUUAUUUUGGGAGUCCUUCGUUUUACGGAGGAACCAAAAGUAAAAAUUUGUUCGCGAAGAGGCGUCCGGUUACAAAAUAUGUUGAAGAUGAUGCGACCGAAGAGGAAGAAGAUGAGUCUGAGGAUGAAGAAGACGAUUAUUUGUUGGAUUCGUAGGUGGUAGACGUCUUUUAAAUACUUUGCACAAUGUAGGAGAGUGUUUUCACACUAAGUAAUUUUCCGACCAAAUGUUUGUGUUUGUUCCUGUUAAGAGUGAUAUCGCGAAAUCUUCGAACAAUUUUGGGACAAGGGGUGACGGAUAUUAUUGACUUAUAGCUCAUUUGAUUCGUUGAACUGUUGCGAGUAAAACGUGAUACUAUGUUUGGUGUCAUAUAUUUUGUUGUCGACGCUCGAGGUCAUGAAGUAAGGCUCUGCCAAAAGGUGCCCAAAAUCGUUUCCUCGCGAUGAUUGAAACUUAUCCAAUGAUGUUUUUGCAUGUUAUGGUACUACAGAGGCUAGGCUGUCUCACCAUACAUACCAUGUCUCGGACUUAUGUCACUGCAGCUGGUCAGGGACUUGGGAAAAUCACCUAUUUUUUCACUUAAAAUGAUUGAUAUCACCAACAGGUCAACAUGUACCUGGUGGUGUGUAUACUCAAAAUAUGCGUCUCUUCAAGACCUACUGGGCUAGCUAAAAAAGUUUUUUUUCCAAAAUGGGCUUACUCGACUAAUCGCGAUAAAACGAUUUUGGGCUCCUUUUGGCAGACCCUUACUUCAUGACCUCGAGCGUCGACAACAAAAUAAAGU